AUGCUGUCUUCAAGCCAUGCUUCCUGUACAUCUCCCAACCCAGACAAGGAGAACCCAAGUAAGAAGGUCCAGUGGACUUCUGAGAAAAGGAGGAGGACAUCAUCCUCAGACACAGACCCCUCUAGGAUAUCCAGGUCCAGGAGACCCAGCCGACUGACAGUGAAAUACGACCGGGUGCAGCUCCAGCGCUGGUUGGAUAUGGAGCAAUGGGUGGAUGCUCAGGUUCAGGAGCUCUUCCAGGAUCAACCAGUCCCUUCUGAGCCUGAGAUUGACCUGGAGGCUCUCAUGGAACUAUCCACAGAGGAGCAGAAGACUCAGUUGGAGGCCAUUCUCCAAAACUGCCCCCGCCCCACAGAGCCUUUUAUCUCUGAGCUUCUCAGUCAACUCAAGAAACUCCGAAGACUCAGCCGGCCUCAGAAAUAAACCUGGAGAGAUUACCUUAGCAGCCUCAGUACCCUGGACCCUGGCUGAAAGGAAUACAGUUCCUUGAGACACAG